AUGAAUAUACACACCGGAGAAAAACCUUUUUCGUGUAAUAUCUGUGAAUAUAGAUGUAUAAAAAAAGCUAAUUUGAAAGAUCAUAUAAAAAUACACACCGGGGAAAAACCUUUUUCGUGUAAUAUCUGUGAAUUUAGAUGUAAUAGAAAAAAUCAUUUGCAAAUACAUAUGAGAAUACAUACUGGAGAAAAACCUUAUUCGUGUCAUAUCUGUAAAUAUAGAUUUACUACAAAAAGUUAUUUGCAAGCACAUAUAAAAAUACACACCGGUGAAAAACCUUUUUCGUGUCAUAUCUGUGACUAUAAAUGUAUACGAAAAACUGUUUUGAGAACACACAUAAAAAUACACACUGGAGAAAAACCUUUUUCGUGUAAUAUCUGCGAAUAUAAAUGUUCUCAAAGAAGUCGUUUGCAAACACAUAUGAAAAUACACACCAGAGAAAAACCUUAUUCUUGUCAUAUCUGUGAAUAUAGAUGUAUUACAAAAUGUAGUUUGCAAAGGCAUAUUAAAAUACAUACCGGAGAAAAACCUUUUUCGUGUCAUAUCUGUGAAUAUAGAUGUAUUACAAAAUGUAGUUUGCAAAGGCAUAUAAAAAUACAUACCGGAGAAAAACCUUUUUCGUGUAAUAUCUGUGAAUAUAGAUGUAUUACAAAAUCUAAUUUGGAAACUCAUGUAAAGAUACUCACAGGAAAAAAAGCCUUUUUUGUGUAA